AUGUUUAGCGUACUGAUUUCAAGGGAUGCUACAUUCACUGGAGACACAAGAUUACGUCAGUGGACAAGAAUGAGAAUUUUCAACCUAACCUUCUUGUUACUUACCAUCUUAGUGAUUCUGGACGUUGGCGAAUGCGGCAAAUUCAAAGACAUUCUGGGAAAAAUCUUCGGAAAAAUAGGAGAAACGCUCCUCAAGGUUCCGAAAGUUCUCGUAAAGGCUCCGGAAAUCCUUAAACAUGUGAACGAAGCGAAGGAUAUAAUUAAAACAAUCAAAGGAUAAUUGAUAUUUUGUGCUUGAUUGUCGAUAAACCUUGACAUUGUGACU